AUGAAUAUUGAUAAAUAUGCUGUUAUUCAUAGAUAACAAUUAGAGAAAUAAAUUUAAUCCACUGAGUUUCAACCUCUUGCUAAUUAAGGCAUACUGACAUACUCAUAUAAAUACAGGUACCAUAUAUUAUGAAUAUUAAUAUUAGAUAUAAUCUCAAAAAAGCAGACCAAACUAAAAGUAGAUUCUGUCCUGACCCUCUUAUUAGUAAAGAAUAUGAAAGAGUACUCUAUGAGAAAUUUAAUGAAUAUUGA